UCCAGUAUUUACUACUGCUGUUGUGCAUUCAAAAAAAAAACUAUAUUCCAAAAGUUACAGAGGAAGACUUAAAUAGUGGAUAAAGACAUGUCCAUCCAUACUGGUGAAACUCUUUCUCGCCGACGGUCCGUCUCUGACGAGUAGAAAACACUAGAAGUGAGUCAUCGCUCCACGGCAGGGUUCUUAUGGAUAUUUACUUCUGAGAUGUCAAACAAUGUUUUAGCUGCAGAAGGCCAGAAUGAGUCCAUGACACGACACUGAGGACACGUGCCUCUCUCUCUCUCUCUCUCUCUCUCGCUCGCUCGCUCGCUCACUCUUUUUGAGCAUUCCAGCAGUUGAGGCCGUUUCUAGAUAAAGGACCCCAGGUUAAACAAAUAGGAGCGAGUGAGCAAUGGGAGGAGCUCUUGAGGGAAAGGGGGGGCUCUCCAGUUACCUGCUCCACUGUGUGUGCGCACGCGGUUGGGCCACGCCCUUGGGAGACUGCAGAACGCCCCACGCUCAGCUUUCUCAGCCCCACGCACACACGUCCGCACGCACGCUCGCUCACACAGAGCUGUCGCGACUGCCGCCGCCGCCCCCCCCCGUACCGCUGGGUCGACCGAGGAUCCCCCAGCAGCCCCUCCGAAAGGGCUUCGCAGGGCCGGGCAGCUUCACGCUCCAGCAGAGACCCGAGGGAGGUAGAGCGAGGUGUCGGGAGGUCCAGAGUCCUUCUUCCUGCUUUCAGCUGCACCAGCGGAGCCAAGAUGACAUGGCGUCCCCAGUACCGCAGCUCCAAGUUCCGGCACGUGUUUGGCAAGGCCGCCACCAAGGAGAACUGCUACGACGGCGUGCCCAUCACCAGAAGCGUCCAUGACAACCACUUCUGUGCCGUCAACCCGCGCUUCAUCGCCGUCAUCACAGAAUGCGCCGGGGGCGGAGCCUUCCUCGUCAUCUCCAUUAACCACACGGGGAAGGUGGACCCCCACCACCCCAAGGUGUCCGGACACCGGGGCAACGUGAUGGACGUGAAGUGGAACCCUUUCAACGACUACUGUAUAGCCUCCUGCUCUGAGGACACCACGGUGAAAAUCUGGGACAUUCCUAAGCACGGUGUGCUGAAGAACAUCACGGUUCCACGGAAGGAGCUGCAGGGUCACUCCCGGCGCGCGGGGCUGAUCGAGUGGCAUCCGACAGCCAACAACGUGCUCUUCAGCACGGGCUACGACUACAAGGUGAUGGUGUGGAACCUGGACUCCCCGGAGCAGGUGAUCAAGAACCCGGUGAAGACCAUCAGCCUCCACACGGACGUGGUGCUUUCUAUGUCCUUCAACACGGACGGCAGCCUCAUGGCCACUUCCUGCAAGGACAAGAAGAUCCGGGUCAUUGACCCCCGUACCGGGACGCUCCUGCAGGUGGCCAACAGCAAGUUGCAUAAAGCCAACAAAGUGUUAUUUCUGGGAAACCUGAAGAUGCUCCUCUCCACUGGAAAUUCUCGCUGGAACCAGAGGCAGAUUGCCCUCUGGGAUCAGGAGGACCUCUCUGUGCCUUUGUUGGAGGAGGACCUGGAUGGCUCCUCCGGGGUGCUCUUCCCUUUCUACGACCCUGACACCCAUAUGCUCUACAUCGCCGGGAAGGGCGACGGGAACAUCAGGUACUACGAGAUCAGCUCGGAGAAGCCCUACAUCCAGUUCCUCACCGAGUACCGCUCCCUGCUGCCCCAGAAAGGGAUGGGGAUCAUGCCAAAGAGAGGCUUGGAUGUGAGCUCCUGCGAGGUGUUCCGGUUCUACAGACUGGUGACAAUCAAGAGCCUCAUCGAGCCCCUCGCCAUGAUCGUGCCCCGCAGGUCAGAGUCCUACCAGGAGGACAUCUACCCCAUGACUGCGGGCUGUGAACCUGCCUUGAUGGCAGAAGAGUGGCUGUCUGGGAUGGAUAAAGGCCCUGUGCUCAUGUCUCUGAAGCCGGGCGCCAAACCACCGGAUGCGUACCCGGGCUCCACGGAGGGCAAAGACCAGAGCGGCGUCCCGAACCCGCAGCGCUCCCAAAGCCGCCCGGACCGGCUGGAGCUCUCCUACAUCCGGGGGAACCUCGAUACCAAAGAGUCCAAGAUGCCCGACGCCCUCGGCGACCUCAAGAGCAGGACGGAAGACAAGGUUCAAGACAAAGUGGUGACGGGAGUGUCCAACGGGUGCGACCUCCUGCAGUGCUCUCCUCCUAAGACGGAGAACGAGCUCCUCCAAACGUUCUACCGGCAGCAGGAAGAGAUCCGGCGCCUCAGGGAGCUGCUGGGACAGAGGGACGUGCGGAUAAAGCAGCUGGAGCUGGAGAUCAAGAACGUGAGGAACUCCCGGGGCCCCUACUGAAUGGCCGGUCCUGGCCCCGCCCCCUUGGGCUGGGCGUGGCCCCGUCGGCCGACGCUCCGGAUUUUUCCUGAGCAACGAGGGCCCUGUUCUUCUGGGCUCUUCUGGGCUCUUCUGGACUCCACCUGUGAACAGCACCUUCUCCGUGGAGAGCUGCCCCAGCUGAGCCUUGCACGAGACACCUCGUACACCGCUGCACAUUCCUAGCACACCCCUGUCGGCAUCCUUUUUUUUUUUUUUUCCAGCCUUCAUCGCUGUGCUAAAAACCCAAUGCUUGUAUUAUUAUUUUUUUUUUUUUAAAGCUUUUUUUAUCAACUUGUUUACACCUGUGUGCAGCUGAACGAUGCUGAUCUUCCCUUGUUGGGAAUCGCUCGAGGACAAUUGAAUGUCUGACCUUGCGACACACUGAAUUUGCUUCUUUCCCGUUUUCCUAAUUUGUAUAUUUUAAUUAUGGUACGUUGACAGUAGACUGACACCAGCUGCCUGCUGACAGAAGUUAAACGCAAUUUUUUUAUAUUAUGAUUUGCUUUUAAAUGAUGGUGAUUAGAAUGAAAUUCUGCUCUUGACAAUUAAACUGCCGAUUUAGUUUUUCCUGUAGUUGAUAAACUGGGUUUAAAUUAAAUUAAUAGUGGGUAUAAUUUA